AUGGAAAAACAUGAUCUAACUUUGAUUUCCAAAAAACGGAGGAUAGAUUUUGCGACAACCGGAGAUAUCCCAAACCUUAAAGGCGAGGGUGUUUCUAUGGUCGCUGAAUCUGCUUCUGCGUCAAAUAUUUUUGCGGACAGUCUAGUCUAUAGAUUGUUCUUUAAGGGUUUGGUGAGUGAUGAAACAACUACCGACAUGGAAGAGAUUGUGAAGGCUGGAUUUGGGAUAGCAAUUUGCGACGAGGCAAAUACUUUGUUGUAUAAUAUGAAGAAAUCACUGAACGGCGAUGAUGUGAUUAAUCCCGAAGAAGUAGAGAUUAAAGCACUGAUCUGUGUGUUAAAUGUCUCAAUUCAAAUGGAGCUUAGAAAUGUCAUGAUUUGCUGUGGUGACUAUCAAAUAUUCCAAAUCCUUACUGGUAGAGGGAAGCCUCAGCAGAACAUUGUCCAUCUGGUGGAACAAGUCCAACACCUUAGAGGGAAGCUAUCUUCUACUGAAGUUGUUUUGGUUCCGCGAGCUGAUGUUAUUAUACUUGCAAUAGAGGCAAUAGGAGGAGAAACUUGUUGCAUUUGUCGUGAAAACACCGAUGCUGAUCGCAUGUUCUUUACGGAGAAUUGCUUUCACCGUCAAUGCUUUUCUUGCGUGAAUAGGCAUGUGCAACGUAUGCUGCUUUGCGGAAUUUCACCCACAUGCCUUCAUUUUCCUUGCAACUCUGAGCUCACGUUUGAAAGCUGUAGCAAGGUUUUGACACCAAAUCUGAUUGAGUUUUGGAAACGAAAGAUUGAAGAGGACUUAGUUCCGGCUGCGGACAAAAUCUAUUGCCCAUAUCGAAGAUGCUCAAUGUUGAUGUCCAAAACCGCGCUUUCCCGUGAAACCGACCAAUCCAAUGUCCGGGCAUGUAUCAAAUGCUGUAGACUCUUCUGCAUUGACUGCAAAGUACCAUCGCAUGCUGGUUUGUCGUGUGUUGAUUACAAGAAACUUAACCCUGAUCCUCUAUAUGAUGUCAAGCUCAAGUCUCUAGCAAACAAGAAGAAGUGGCGUCAAUGUGUCCAGUGUAGCAACUUGGUUGAACUUUUUGAAGGUUGCAACCACAUAACUUGCAGAUGUGGAUUUGAGUUUUGCUACGUAUGUGGGAAAGAAUGGAACCAACGAGGAUGCCUUUCUCCUGGUUGCGAUGAUGAUGAUGAUGAUGAUGAUGAUGAUGACGAUGAUGAUGACGAUGAUGAUGAUGAUGACGAUGAUGAUGACGACGAUGAGGAUGAUGAAGACGACGGCUAUAUUGACAGCGAUGAUGAUGAUGUUGACGGAGAUGACAAUGAUGAUGGCUCAGAAUUAGAUGGGAUUAACUUUGAAGAUUUUGCGGUUCACCUACCCAAAGAUGUCAAUGAGCAGAAAGAUGAGAGCAACUGA